AUUUCUGACAAGCGUAGAAAAAGUUUCAUCAACAGCCGCCAUUUUGCCUGUUUCAGAUCGUGUCGAAUUUUGGAUUAAUUCUGGAAAUUAUUGUUUCCCAUGUAAAUCGAGGGGGCCUUUUCUCGCCUAAUUUGGGGUUAGAAAAUCAUCUAGUGGUUGAAGCGGGUCAAUGUGUGUUAUAAAAGUGUCAAAAAGUUGAAAAGAGUGACUGAUUUAGUUCGAGAUCAUUGUGCGAUUCUGUCGGAAGAUGGUGAGAGGUAGUCGCGGUAUAGUCGGCCAGUCGGACUAGUCGAGUUCAUGAUGGCCGAUGGUUGAUUUGUUUGUUAAAUAUGUGCCUUGAGGGAUGCAUCGACUCUCGAACACUUGGUACAUCGACUGUUUGGUAUCGUUUAAAUCGUAUUUUUGCUUUAAAAUCAUGUGCGUCGUCCUCGAAACCUAAUAAAUAGUAAAUAAUAGUGUAGUGUCUUGGUCGGCCGCAACAUUGGGCCAGUGCCUCGGCUUCGGCUUGGUAAACAGGGAAUUGCACUGAUUUGUGCUAUGGCGGAUCAUCUUGUAGAUGGGCCGCCAAAUGCAAAGCGGCAAAAAUUGGAUCCUUUUCAAGGGACGUCGGAUUCCUCCGUGUCGAUGCAACAUGCUUUCAACUACGGCUUGGGCCCGGGACACGGCCUGGGACAAACACCAGGUGGUGGGCAGCCAGAUCUUCUACAGCAUUGGAAUAUUCGUCAACAGCAAAACGUCCUGUCCAACAUGGAUAUGUUCGACUUGGAAAAUGAUCUACCGGAUGAACUCAUGUCUUCUGGUGGUUCAUGGGGAAUGGUCUCAGAUCCUUUAGGAAACAACAAGCCUCCCGCUCAAGGACCUGGACCCGGUGGUUUGCAAAAUGGCGUCGAAAAUUCCGAUGGUACCAACUCACUACGGCAGAUGCAAUUGAAUCACCACCUCCUUCAGCAGGUAAUUGGGAAUAAAAACUUGGUCGGAAACGCUUUAGCAAUGGCAACUGCUCAGUUAGGAAGUAAAAGUCCGAAUCUUCAAGCGCCUCCAAAUGUCUCGGUCGCCAAAGGUGUUUUAGAUCCGAUGUCUUUAGGCAAUCUCCCGUCCAGCAUUCCUAACAAUGUAGGACUGCAAUCGAUUGCCAACAACGGAAGUUCACCUCAAGUGAUGAGUUCGAUACCAGGUAUGAACAGUAAUGUGGCAGCAGUUAGUGCGAGCGGUAUGAUCAUGACCAACAGCAAUAUGGGAACGAUAGGAAAUAUGGCAGGGGGUGGUUUGGUCGUGUCUAGUGCCGUGAAUAAGCCGACGUUAACGAAUACAACCAGCAUGAUGGCAACUGGACAGCAUCAGUUACCUGCGAAUCACGGUGUUCCUCAGGCAAUGCAAAAUGGACCUAUAAUGACUGGACGAGCGGUUGCUAUGCAGCACAUGAAUGCUAGAGCUCCUGGUCCUCACGGAGUACAUGCAAUGGGUCCUAGAAUGCAACCACCAGGCAUGCUACAAAUGGGUGCUGUUGGACAAGGCAUGCCUAACAAUCCUUCAUAUGCAUAUCCCAAUCCCAAUGCAACUGGUCCACAGGGAAUGCAAGUCGGAGUUGUGGCACCUCAACCACGGAAUGCCAUGGGUAUUCAGCAAACAAGAUUUGGCGGACCGGCAGGUCCAGUCGGUCCAGCGUCAGGUGGUGAAGGGGGCAUGGCUCAAACCCAACCGCCCGCUCCUUCACCUGCUCAACCGCAAUCUGGUGCACCGUCAGGAACGCAGCCUGGUCCACAAACUGCAACCCAAAACCAGCCUGGGACGGGUGCACCUGCUGCUUCCACAGAUCCUGAAAAACGUAAAUUGAUUCAACAACAGUUAGUACUUCUGCUGCAUGCACACAAGUGUCAAAGGCGAGAAUCUCAAGCUAAUGGUGAAGUUUGGCAAUGUACAUUGCCGCAUUGUAAAACUAUGAAGAACGUUUUGAAUCAUAUGACGACGUGUCAAGCCGGUAAAAGCUGUUCAGUACCUCAUUGUAGUUCAUCGCGACAAAUCAUCAGUCACUGGAAACAUUGUGUUCGAAAUGACUGCCCUGUGUGUUUACCUUUAAAGCAAGCGGACAAAAAUAGAAAUAAUCCUAACACUCCAUCUAACCCAGCGCCUACUACGCCGUCACCAAAUCCAUCCGCGUCAGACAUGAGGAGAGCUUAUGAUGCUUUAGGAAUUCAGUGUCCCACAACUGCAAGCGCCGGACCGACCCCGGCUGGUCUCAUUCCAAAUGCUCAACCACGCCCCGGCUUAAGGUUACCGCUUACAGUGGCUCCCACGAUUCCUAAUAUCAAUCCAAAUUUGGGAGGAGUCAGAGGUCUUGCUCCGCCCCAAGGCCAACCGGCACCUAACGUUAGUCUACCGUUAAGCAGCGAUCCAUCUUCCACACCUACACCUAGUUCGGCAGCACAAGUUGCGGCUAACAUUCAACAAAGUGUGUCUGGAGUUCAACAGCUGUUUGGUGUAGGUUCAGGAACCGAUCCGGCACAAGGAGUGGUGGGAGGUGAUGGUCGCAUUCAAUUGCCGACAGGACUGCAAGCGGGUCAAGUUACGGCGACGCCCGUGCAAGGUACAAAAGAAUGGCACCAAUCGGUAACACCAGAUUUACGAAAUCAUUUGGUGCACAAAUUAGUACAAGCAAUUUUUCCAACACCUGAUCCUCAAGCAAUGCUAGAUAAACGUAUGCAUAAUUUAGUUGCAUAUGCACGUAAAGUUGAAGGUGAUAUGUAUGAAAUGGCCAAUUCUCGUUCUGAAUAUUAUCAUCUGUUAGCCGAAAAGAUUUACAAAAUACAAAAGGAAUUAGAAGAAAAAAGACAAAAACGUAAAGAACAGCAGCAACAGCUUCAGCAACAACAGCAACAAGUUCAGCAACAGCCCGAGCUGCGACCUGGUGUGCCUGGUGUUGUCGCCGUAAAUCGAUUACCUACACGACAACAACCGGUCUUGAGAAGCAAUUCACCAGGAGCGCUGAUGGGACUUGCUGGCGUGAUAAACACGACAGGAAAUCGUAUGAUGUUUCCUGGACAAAACACGCCACAAAAUGCUCAAGCAAACGUUGUCGGGUUACCAGGUCCCAGUCCAACCGCUACAAAUAAUCCAAGUUUAUCACCGUUCGGACCUAUGUCUCAACAAAGCGUAUCGCAAAGUGGAUCAACAACCACUCAGUUCUCAAACACAAACGGGCCGAAUUUACCAUCUACAUCACCCGCAAGUAACCAAUCUCAGUUCAAUGAAGUCUCAAAACGACUGGCACCUUCUCCUUCCGCAUUCGGACUUCAGCAAUCCGGUGUAUCUGGACCAAAUCAAAUUAGUACAAGUGGAACUACGCGACUACCUAACUCAACACCUGACAUCUCCACGCCAGUUUCACAUUCGAUGGGUCCUACUUCGGUUAGUUCUUCGAGGGGUCCUUCUCCUGCCCCUUCGACACCUAUCGUCCCAUCUCCGUCGGCAGCUGGUCUUGGUAAAGGCAUGGGUAAUUCUGAAAGAAUGGGUCACGGUAACGGUGGACUUCAGAGAUCUUUAUCCGCACAAAUGGCCGCGAUUGCAGCGGCACACGAUAAGGACGAAGACGGCUCACCGCAUUCAUCUGGAGGAAUUAAGGGCAAAUUAGACACAAUUAAACUGGAAGAUGCGACAACGAUAGAGAGCAAGCCGGAAGAAACCGAAAUAACAAAUAUGGAGAGUCACGGAGGGAAAGGAAUUAAGACUGAAAUUUCUCACGAGAUUAAAACUGAACCCAUGGAAGAAUCUGACAUAAAAGAAGAGAUGCGAAUUAAAGAUGAACCGCCAUCUACUCCCGACAGUUCUGUCGAUAUUAAGGCGAGCUCCACAAGUUUGGAUUUAGUUCCACAACCAAGUAUGGAUAAAAAGCGAAUUUGUAUUUUCAAACCGGAUGAAUUGCGUCAGAAACUAAUGCCGACUUUGGAAAAACUGUAUCGACAGGACCCGGAAAGUAUUCCCUUUAGGCAGCCGGUCGAUCCGCAAACGUUGGGUAUUCCCGAUUAUUUUGAUAUUAUAAAGAAACCUAUCGAUUUAUCUACCAUUAAGCGAAAGCUAGAUAUUGGUCAAUACGAAGAUCCAUGGCAGUACGUUGAUGACGUUUGGCAGAUGUUCGAUAAUGCGUGGCUGUAUAACAGAAAAACUAGUCGAGUGUAUCGAUAUUGUACAAAGCUGUCGGAGGUGUUCGAGCAGGAGAUUGAUCCCGUAAUGCAAUCUAUGGGGUAUUGCUGCGGGAGAAAAUAUACCUUUAAUCCUCAAGUUUUAUGCUGUUAUGGCAAGCAAUUGUGCACAAUUCCAAGAGACGCGAAGUAUUACAGCUACCAAAACAGUCUAAAUGCUUAUGGACUUGGAUCCAACAGAUAUACAUUCUGCCAAAAGUGCUUCAACGAUAUUCAAGGCGACACCGUAACACUCGGCGAUGAUCCCACGCAAGCUCAAACGGCGAUAAAGAAAGAUCAGUUCAAAGAAAUGAAGAAUGACCAUUUGGAAAUGGAACAGUUUGUGCAUUGCAACGAAUGCGGCCGCAAGUUACAUCAAAUCUGCGUGCUUCAUUUAGACUGUAUAUGGCCUAUCGGUUUUUCUUGUGAAGAGUGCCAUAAGAAGAAGGGAUCAAAGCGAAAAGAGAAUAAAUUUAACGCGAAAAGGCUGCCGACGACAAAGCUAGGUGUGUAUAUCGAAACUCGUGUGAAUAAUUUCUUGAAGAAGAAAGAAGCCGGCGCGGGUGAGGUACAUAUUCGUGUAGUGUCGAGUUCGGAAAAAGUGGUCGAAGUCAAACCGGGUAUGCGUAGUAAAUUUGUAGAGUGUGGUGAUCUUUCCGCCGAAUUUCCGUAUCGUGCAAAGGCGUUAUUUGCAUUUGAAGAAAUUGACGGUGUAGAUGUGUGUUUUUUUGGUAUGCACGUGCAAGAGUACGGUUCGGAUUGCCCUGCACCCAACACCCGGCGAGUGUAUAUAGCAUACUUAGACUCUGUUCAUUUUUUUAAGCCGCGACAAUUUAGGACCGCAGUGUAUCACGAAAUAUUGUUAGGUUAUAUGGAUUACGUAAAACAAUUAGGUUACACUAUGGCCCAUAUUUGGGCUUGCCCGCCGUCUGAAGGUGACGACUACAUUUUUCACUGCCAUCCUGUGGAGCAAAAAAUUCCUAGACCAAAGAAAUUGCAAGAGUGGUACAAGAAGAUGUUGGACAAAGGCAUCAUCGAAAGAAUCGUUUUAGAUUAUAAAGAUAUACUCAAGCAAGCAAUGGAAGAUAACUUACGGUCGGCGGCGGACUUACCUUACUUUGAAGGUGAUUUCUGGCCUAACGUUUUUGAAGAGAGUAUUAAGGAAUUGGAUCAGGAGGAAGAGGAGAAACGAAAGCAGGCCGAGGCUGCGGAAGCGGCUGCAAAUGCGAUAUUCUCCUUGACCGAGGAAAACGAAACGGGUCCAGAUGGAAAGAAAAAAGGGCAGAAGAAGGCGAAGAAGAGCAAUAAAUCCAAAGCUAAUCAACGAAAAAACAGCAAGAAGUCGAAUACUCCACAAACUGGCAAUGAUUUGUCGGCGAAGAUUUUUGCCACUAUGGAGAAGCACAAAGAAGUAUUUUUUGUAAUUCGACUUCAUUCUGUUCAAUCUGCUGCUAGUUUGGGGCCUAUCCAAGACCCAGACCCAUUUAUUAAUUGUGAUCUCAUGGACGGAAGAGACGCUUUUCUCACCAUGGCGCGCGAGAAGCAUUUCGAAUUUUCGUCGUUACGUAGAGCAAAAUAUAGUACAAUGGCUAUGCUAUACGAAUUGCAUAACCAAGGUCAGGACAAAUUUGUAUACACCUGCAACAACUGUAAAGCGCACGUCGAAACGCGAUAUCACUGUACGAUCUGUGAUGACUUUGAUCUCUGCAUUCAGUGUUACGAAAAAGACGGCCAUCCUCAUAAGAUGGAGAAGCUCGGCUUGGAUAUCGACGACGGUUCGUCGCCUAGCGAUCAUAAGAAGGCGAAUCCGCAAGAAGCCAAGAAAUUGUCAAUUCAGCGGUGUAUACAAUCUCUUGUACAUGCUUGUCAAUGCAGAGAUGCUAACUGUCGACUGCCAAGUUGUCAGAAGAUGAAGCGUGUCGUAACGCAUACGAAAGUUUGUAAACGUAAGACUAAUGGUGGCUGUCCCAUUUGCAAACAACUUAUUGCCUUGUGUUGUUAUCAUGCCAAAUACUGCCAAGAAACUAAGUGUCCUGUACCUUUUUGUUCUAAUAUUAAACAUAGAUUGAAGCAACAACAGUUACAGCAAAGAUUACAGCAAGCUCAAUUAUUACGAAGACGAAUGGCUGUAAUGAACACUACUUCAACGAUGCAAUCUGCCAACUCCGUUAAUGCUAGUAGUGUACCUAACUUAUCAUCUGGCGGGCAAAAUGUGGUUCCUGGGGCUGUUAGCCCUGCCAACUCCAUGAACCCUAAUUCAAUGGCGACUACCGGCAUGGGUAUGCAAUCUCCUCAUCAGCAAGGAAUUGGCAUGAAACCAGGAACACAAACGCCACCUGCGAAUGUACUACAGGUUGUGAAACAAGUUCAAGAGGAAGCCGCGCGACAGCAGCAGCCUCAUGUGGGAUAUGGCAAAUUAAAUCCCUCUGCGGGUGUUCCAGGACAAACAAUGCCACCACCUCAAGUACAACGCUCCAUGGGACAUCUAGCAACGGGACAAGGGGGUAAUUUGUUACCAAUGGAACAAUGGCAGCAGAGGUACACAGGUGGGGCGGCGCAGGGAAUAAGACAACCGGGACCGCAAUUAAUGCAACAACAGCAACAGGCACAGCUAGGUCCAGGUCCAAUGCAAGGUGGUACCCCGACCGUUAGGCCGGGCGCUUCCACUUUAAAUAACCCUGGAAAUGCUCAAAUGCAAAAGCAAGCCUUACAGCAGUUGAUGCAAACGUUAAGAUUGCCGCAGUCGCCCGACCAGCAACAACAGAUUCUGCAGAUACUAAAAUCGAAUCCGCAACUUAUGGCCGCAUUUAUAAAGCAAAGACAGGCCCAAGCUCAGGCUCAACAAGGAGCAGGAGCUGGAGUCGCAGGAGCAUCGCCGCAGCAAUUACAGCAUAUGCUAAGUCAACAACAGACUCCGAACCAACAUCAAAAUCGGAUGCAAAUGCAGACCAUGUUAAGUCAAGGUCCGGGACAAGGACCGGCGCCCGGUCCUCCCGGCCAACAAAUGACCCAACAACAGUGGUAUAAACAUCAGCAGCUGCUCGUCAUGCAAAGGCAACAACAGCAACAGCAGCAACAACAGCAGCAAUUUCAACAGCCACCUGCACCUCCAUCAUAUCAGCAACGGCUUCCAGCAAUACGACAACCGCAUAUGACUUCCUACAACAAUACGUUCUCUGAACAGCAAUACGCCCCGAUGCAAGGGUUAAAACCGACACCUCCCCCAGUGCCAUCUCCUCAAAGUGUAAUGGGCCCGCCGCCCGGAGGCAUAUCUGUUCAGCAACAGCAGCAGUUAAUGCAAAGUGUGCGUAGUCCCCCGCCUAUACGAAGCCCGCAGCCAAAUCCGUCAUCCAGACCAGCACCUAGCCCUAGGAAUCAACCUGUGCCGAGUCCGCGAGGUACGCAGCCAUCCCCCCACGAUCUGGCGACGUCGGAAAUGCUCCUAAGUCAGAACCAUACGAGUAGUUUACAUCCGCACACAUCGCCCGCAAGUCAAAAUCAGGAUAGCGGCGAGGUACCUCCUAUGACACCGCAGGACCAACUGACAAAAUUUGUGGAACAGCUCUAGUGGUGAGUGCUGGCACAAGCGCUGUUUCCUCAAACAGAUUAGUUGAGUGGUGCUGUGUACGGAACGAACAACAAUUGGAACAAAAGGUUGAUUUGUGUAUACUUAAUUUAUUCUUUAUCUGGCUAGUUCGGCCGCCUGUAAAAUAUGUAUAGUAAAAAUAAUUUUAAUACUGACUGGACAGAUACUAGGAGUCCUGUUAUGUGAUUUUAAAUAUGUACAUAUGUUUAAUACGCUGUAUUAUAAUGUUAGUAAAAUGUUUACCUAUCAUAUGAAUGAUACCUAAAAGUAUUUGGCUUUGCGAGGCUGUGUUAUUUAUCUAAAUGGAUUGUUACCUACAAAGGUACUGUGCAUAGCUACGCACUGUUGCUAUUUGUUUUUAUAUGCUACGACCGUGACAAGUUAUGAUAGUGAUGCUGUAUUAUAGUAGGCAAUUUUUACCGAGACUGUAUGUAAUUGUAUCGGUAGCUAUUGUGAUGGAGGCGUAGGCCCCUAAUUUGUUUUUAUAACUAUAAUAUAUUUAUAAUUUAUAUAUUGUCUUGUUUAUCGUAUGUUACAUUCCACGGCCGUGGAGUGGUGCUGGCAUCUGACAAUCGUGACUUCGCCAGUGCAAUACUUACACCACUCUCCCUCCUUUAAUUUAUUACUGAACAUUUGAAUCAACUAGAGUAAGUAGUGUUAAGUAUUAUUCAAAGAAAUAAAAAUUAUAUAAUA